AUGUCUCUCACGUACGGAACGGGCGGCGCCACGGCCGCCCUUGGUGUGGUUGCCUUGUACAUGCUCUUCCACGGCGAAGGAGAGGCUUUCAAUGUCGGAGCUUUCCUCGAAACCGUAUCACCGUACACCUGGGCUAGUCUUGGAAUCGCGCUGUGCAUCGGCCUCUCCGUAGUAGGAUCCGCAUGGGGAAUCUGGACAACUGGCGUGUCCAUCGUCGGCGGAGGUGUCAAGGCACCCCGGAUACGAACCAAGAACUUGAUCUCUAUCAUCUUCUGUGAAGUCGUUGCCAUCUACGGCGUCAUCAUGGCCAUCAUCUUCUCCUCCAAGAUGACCCAGCUUACCGACCCCGAGCUGCUCUACUCUGGAUCAAACUACUUCACCGGAUACGCUCUCUUCUGGGCUGGUCUUACCGUCGGCAUGUGCAACCUGAUCUGCGGUGUCUGCGUUGGCAUCAACGGAAGCAGCGCUGCUCUGGCUGACGCCGCCGACCCUGCACUGUUCGUCAAGAUUCUCACUAUCGAAAUCUUUGCCGCCAUUCUCGGACUGUUUGGGCUUAUCAUUGGAUUGUUGAUGCAAAGCAACGCAAAGGACUUUGAGUGAGCUUAUAGGGACUUUAUUGGUUUACGCCAGAUUUCAGAAAAACCCACCAGGUCGAUCUUUGAUCAUGCUUGAAGGCAACCAGCAAACAAGUGCUCCAGGUAUCAGCACAGGAAGCUGGCUUGGACGUUACAGAAAGUUACUGUUGUAGAAGUUUGUACGAUGUACAUGGGGAGGGCGCUUGUAUAAUGCAUGUGUACUAUGAGCAAUCACCGGCAUUAAAUACCAGUUUUUUUAAGA